UAGAUUGUACUACUUGGUUCCGCGAGACGUGGCCAAACUGUGUGCUGAGAUCUACCCUCAUCUGCGUCCAUGGGAAGUUGCCCUUUUUUGUUUGUCAACUUCUAGCAACCUCUACAGUAACUGCAGUGAUUUUCUUAUAUACGUCACCCAUCUCAUUCAAAACCGUGCAAAGCAAAGUGAAAAUAAGUAAGUUGUAAAGAAAGUACACAUUUAUAAAUUUAUUUCAAUAUGUUUCAAAGCAAAAUAUGUCUACAUGCGCAUAGUGGACUUGACAACCGCUUUAAAUUUGAGGUAGGUAUUAAAAUCUUCGAAUUUAGCGCCCAAACCAUAAUAACGCCCAAACCACACCCAUUUUCGUCAAGGGCUUAGCUCGAAGAAAGAGCCCUUGACAAAAAUGGGUGUGUUUGGGCGUGGUCGGGCUCAACUCGAAAAGGGCUUAAUCGAAGAUUACCUACCUCUUUAAAUUUUGCUUCACGAGAUUUUUAUAACAUUAAUUUAAAUACCAAUAAGCUUUCUAUUAAUAACAAUAAUGCAAUUUUUGUUAAAUAGAUUGGAUGUUUUAAAUGAAAUGGUUCGUUCUAAAGAUUUCAUUAUAUUGGUUUACCACUCGGCCCUCAUUCUGGAUGAUUUAGCUGAUAGUGAUGUACGAUGUCGAUGUGGUUGGCCAAGGUAAGAUUAUUUAGACGCGAAUCUUGACAUUUUUAAGCUGGAUGUAUAGGUAGAUUAAAUAUUUUUCUAUUAAUUUGUAAGGACCGUUGACAUGAGACCGGUACGAAGUAAAACCGGGAAGAUUUCAUAUUAUUUAUCACAUAAGUUUACAUGAAGCCGGUACGAAAAAUUGCUCAGACUGGGAUGAAUGUAAACACAAAUACAUUUCAGACCGGUCUUGGCUGUGCUCUUAACUUCGGCACAAUGCAUGCUCACAAAAGUACUGUAAAAAAGAUGUAAAAAAUUCGUGCCGGUCUCAUGUGAACAUACUGAAAAUUUCGAUUUUAUCCCUGUUCGACUUCGUCCCGUUGUCAUGUAUACGGGACCUCUGUGAAGCUAAUUUUGAUUAUUCAUCAUUUACUAUGUCAUUCAUUUAGACCUGGUUCACAUCAGACAUCUUUUCAAUAUGAAGAACUUAUGAUAGACAUCAUAAAGCAUUUUAAAGCGGAUAACGACACUGAAGCAUUGAAGGAAUUGCUAAAAAUAUCUUAUAACCACGGGUAA